AUCCUCUUUUCUUCACUCUCCAUCUCUCAUUCCAUUUUACUUCCUCAUUCCAUUCUCUUUAAUUUCUUUUUUUGUUUUUUAUUAUUUUUAUUAUUUUUAUUAUUAUUAUUCUUAGUACACAUAGACUACAAUUUGAAAAAGUACGGCUUAAAAACAUGUCAAUCAAUAUAGGAGCAAGGUCACUACAAAGUUGCACGGUGCCAAAGGCCAAGAUUAUGAUUGUCGGUGCUGGCAUUGGUGGCCUUUUCUUGGCCGGACUAUUGGAACGUAUUGGCGUUUCAUAUCAUGUCUACGAGCGUGCAUCGGAACUUCGUGCACUUGGAUCCAUCAUGACAUUGGGGCCCAACAUUUUGCCUGCAUUUGAGCAGCUGGGUCUGUUAGAGGAACUUCAAAGUAUCUCUGUACCACAUUAUAAGGCGUACAUGUAUGAGAAAGUGAAUAUGACAAAGCUUGGUACUAUCGAGAUGUUAACCAAGAAAAGUACAGGAUACGAUGAUGUGCUUUUUGAACGGCCCAAGCUUUAUAAACUAUUACGGAAGCAGGUUCCAGUCGAAAAGAUUAGUCUUGGCAAGAAAGUUAUUUCUGUGGAAGAAAAAGGCGAGAAGGUGUUUAUUCACUGUUCAGACAAUACUUCCUAUGAAGGAGACAUGCUCGUUGGAGCUGAUGGUGCAUAUAGUGCUGUACGACAGAGCCUUUACAAGCAGUUAGACGAUCAAGGCCGUCUUCCCAGAGUAGAUCUAGAGGACUAUUCGAUCGGAUGGGUUAGUAUGGUUGGAAUCGCACAGCUUCCUAACCUUGACCGUUAUCCAAUACUCAAGGAUGGCGCUUCACAUUUUUCAAAUGUUCUUGGGGAGAACUUUAAGAUCUGGACUACAGUUAGGGUGCCUAAGGACAGGGUCUGCUGGGCGGUAGCAAAGCAGCUGACGCCUGAAGAGGCCAAGAAUGAAAAGUUUAACAACGGGAGCGGUGGUAUUACAGGAGGUGAAUGGGCUACAGAUGCAGUUGAGGCUAUGAUUCAGGAGUUUAAAGACCAACCUUGUCCAUGGGGGGGUAAAAUGAAUGAUCUCUUUGAGCUAACGGACAAAAACCUCAUCUCUAAAGUAUUCCUGGAAGAAAAGAUGUUCAAGACCUGGUUUGAUGGUCGCAUUGGCCUCCUUGGAGACUCAUGCCACAAGAUGGUUCCUGGGGCUGGUCAAGGGGCAGUCAACGCUAUGCAGGAUGCUGUAGUGCUCGCUAAUUGCAUUUAUCACUUGGAAGACACAUCCAGUAAAAGUAUUACUGCAGCAUUUGAGGAUUACUUUCAUCAACGAUAUAACCAUGCAUAUGGACGGUUUCAAGACAGCAGCAAUGCCAUGAAAAGCAUUUAUGGUCAAACAUGGACGGAUAAAAUCCGUAGAUUUUUGACGUUUAAUAUUGUUCCUAAAAUAGUGGUUUCUUGGCAAUUGAGUACGGUUUAUGAGUAUCGUCCUCAGAUCGAAUGGUUACCACAGAUUCCAAAUCGAGGGACAACAAAAGUGCUUCCUCAAGUGAGUAGUAAUAGAAGGAAAAUUGAAAAUGAAGAAUUGGCAUCUGCUGUUUGACUACAACAAGUACAACAUUAAUAAUAAUAAAGUGG